AUGAAACUAAACCAGGAUAUCAACAAUUACAUUAAUGAACUACAGACUUAUAUAGAUACAGAAUCUGUGAAGACAAUAUCCCUCUUUAACAAAAAGUCUCAAGAGACUGAAGAGUGGUUAAACAGGCUUUCAAGUGAAUUUGAAAAUUUGAAAGACGAAGAAGAAUUGACAAAGUUAAAAGAAUUGCAUGAAAGUUAUGAACAGAAUUUAGAUGAAUUAGAAUCAAAAAUUGAAUAUCUAGAAAAGUUAUGUGAUGAAAUCGACGAAGUGUACGACGAACUCGGUGUGAAGACAAAAGUCAACGAUAGGAGAAAGUCUAGAAUAAAGGAGUAG